CCCCCUGCUCCGCGCCGCUCCGCGCUCCCCGACCCUCCCCCCCCCCCCCCCCUCCCCGUCCCCGGCGCGGCCGGCCGCCCCCAUGGCCACCAAAAUCGACAAGGAGGCGUGCAGGGAGGCGUACAACCUCGUCAGGGACGAUGGCACCGAGGUGAACUGGGUGACUUUUAAAUACAAUGGCUCUACAAUCGUCCCUGGAGACCAAGGGGUAGACUAUGAAACCUUUAAAAGGAAGUGCACAGAUGAUGUUCGAUUGUUUGGCUUUGUCCGAUUCACCACCGGUGAUGCCAUGAGCAAGCGAGUCAAGUUUGCCCUCAUCACUUGGAUUGGAGAGGAUGUCAGUGGCCUGCAGAGAGCCAAAACGGGGACCGACAAGACUCUGGUCAAAGAAGUAGUACAGAACUUUGCCAAAGAAUUUGUGAUCAGUGACCACAAAGAGCUGGAUGAGGAUUACAUCAAGAAUGAGUUGAAGAAAGCAGGGGGGGCUAAUUAUGAUGCACAGACUGAGUAAACACACAGACCUCCUGGCACCAUCACCUGGAUCUCAAAGGGAGGGGAAAGGCACAACAAACUAACACAACUGAGAGAUGAGGCAACUGAAAUCCCCAGCUUUCUGUGUGUGCGCCUAAGACCUCCCUUUCUUUGCAUACAGCAGACUUAUUUUCCAUUCCAUCUCAUGAAACAUCCCUCUCUGGGGUUCUGUUUUCCUUUUUCCCCCAUUUUUUUUACUUAUAACUCUGUCCAUGUUCUCGCAUCUGUGGAAUUUAGGUUUGGCUCUGCUUUGGUCCUAUUCAGCAUUGUCUUUGUAGAGGCUUGUCACUGUGUCCUUCUUCGUAUGCGUGCAUGUUUGUGUGUUUUAGUUGGGUUCAACCUGGUCUCUGAGGGGAGAAAGUUUCGGGGAAGUUCUGAACAUCGAUUAUUUUAAUUUUUUAAAAAUUUGUUUUGACUGAUAUUCUUGGGAAUAAUAUUUUUUGCUGUUCUAGGCUCAGAUCAACUUGAGUUGACUUCACUUGAACUUUGAUUAAAUUGUCUAAGCUUAAAUGUCCAGCUGAGAUGUUAUCCAAUAGCUUAAACAACAAAGCGAACAAAAAAAAAAAAUCCUUCAACUCUUAAUAAAUGGGAAUAAAUUUGCCUUAAACAUUGCUUGACAGUUGCUAUGCUAUGUGCUGCAUCUCUAUCCCUCCUUCUUAAAAAUAAGAUCCAACGUGAUCUGAAGGUGGAGGUGGUUUUGUUUUUUGGAGGCAUCAUGGCACAGUAAACUGAGGGGCUUAGAAAUGUCUGGACACUUGUUCACUAUUUUGUGUACAUUGGUCUCUGGGUUUGUAUCUGACUUUCCUAAUGCUGGGGCUCAGGAGGUGAAACUGAAAUGCAUAGAUUUCCUUUUUAAAUGAUGUCUGCAAAAAUAGCAGCCGCUGAAUCCUAGCAGCCUUCUCUGCCUAUGUCCCCCCUGUUGUUUUUUGCAGUUAAACACAACAUCGUCAGUUAUUUGGUAUCAAACUGUUUGUUUAGGGGGGCUUCUUUGUAUGGCUUUUUUUUUUUCCCAUCGAAGGCAGUUGUCCCCAGAAUUACGUGUAGGGGGGAACUGUAUUGUACUGGGGCCCGGGAGUCAGUGCUAUAAACCCAUUACAGAAAUAAAUGUUUUUCAAGAACA